UCUCUGUUGUGCGGAAGAGCAUAGACCACAAAAUUUCACUGUUCUUCCUUUGUUUCUUCUGAUUCCAAAACCAUGCACGAGAAUUCUCCUGGUUCUCGAUUCAACUUCAAAAUGGGGUUUUCUUUCUCUUUCAAGUGCACAAACAACAUUGAAAUUUUCUACCAUUUGAGAAAGGUCGUGAGUGAAACACAAAAUCAUGGCGGCACCUGUAAUCCUUAGCAUCAUGUUCUUGUGUUUUUUUUUUCUUUCUAAAGUUCAAAUGUUGCAUUACAACAGAAGUGUGUCGAAUAUGCCUUCUUCCUUAUAAGAGGGUUUUAAGCUCAAUCAUAGAGGCACAAAGAGAGGCGAGAGAGAAUGUCGGCGCAAAGGAAAUCGGGAAUGGCGAAAGGGAAUGAUGACGGCGAUGCAAACCAACAUUGUCCAAAGGGCCUGCCUCCAUCAUCAUCAUCCGGCAAAUUAAUGAAAAAGGAAACAGAGAGCAGUCAGCUUCCUUGGGAUGCACUUGAUAUCAUUUCCAACAAACUAGAUUUUGAUGACCUCUUUCAAUUUGCUGGAGUGUGCAAGAACUGGAGGACAUUUCAUAAAUUUUUCUGGAAAAAUUUCAUGUCUUCACAAGCACCGUUGCUUGUUCAAUCUUCUUCAUACGCUAAGAAAGCUUAUUUUUUCAUUAGCAUAUCUGAACGAAAAGUUUACCGCGCAAACGUGGAUUACUUCUGGGGGUUAGCCUAUUCGGGGUCUUCUUGUGGAUAUUUAAUCCAUGCGGGAGCUGAUAAUACACUUCUACUAAUGAAUCCUUUUACAAGAAGAAAGAAGUUAAUCAGUACGUUGGCCCUUGAAGGUAAUUUGCAAUAUAUAUCUUGCCAGCCCUUACUUGCUUUUGUCAAAGGUUCUGAAGAAUUUAUCUUGGUGGUUUUAUGUAAAAGAUCUUACAGUUUGCAUAUUUAUCAAUCUCGACAUUCUUGUUGGGUUACUUAUUCAACAAGAGGAAAUCCAUGGAAGGUUGUGGACUUUGUGGUUUUGAAUAAUACUCUGUAUGCUCUCACUGACGAGGCCAAGAUAGGGGUAUUGAGCCUGAAUUCUGCAUGUCUGAAAUUUCUAGCACUGAAGAAUACUCCCAGUGUAACUUCCUCAUACCUUAAGUUGGUUAGUAAUGAUGGGCAGCUUUUAGUGGUUCAUUUUGAACCAAAGGAAACAUUUGAUGUGUACAAGAUAGACUUGUCAGCCAUGGAAUGGAUCAGGUUGGAAACUUUGGGUGACCUUGCAUUGUUUUAUGCUACGCGGACAAACUGCUAUGCUUUGAGCAACCCUGGUAAGUGGGGUUAUGAUAGCAACUCUGUGUAUUACAUUGUGGCUGCAUUACCAGAAUGCCAAGUAUAUUCAGGGGAUAAUAAACUGAAAUAUUGCAUUGUACCUAGUGGUCUUCGAGCUCCUUCUAGGUCAAGCUUCUACUGGUUGGAUUGGUGUUUUCGACAUCAACAUAAUGAGGUAGAUUAUUCCAUGGUCGAGUAACCUCGUUUCUUGACACCAUGCAGCUUGUGACCUUGUUCCUUGUGUUUCCCUUUUGUUUCCUAAUAAUUUAACUAGACUGGAUAGACUUAUCAUGGUAUCUAGUUUCCAUGACUCUGCUCAGAUUUUUAUUUGACUUUGGAUUAUUGUUUACCUGGUAAUUUCCCGGUUUAUCUUUCUA